AUGGCUUGGGUAGGCUGUAGUAUUCUUCCUUAUUUCGAAGCAAAGCAUAUGUUAAAGUUAAAAACUUGCCAUGGAUCAAUUCUUGUAUCUUUCUCUUCCAGUUUUAUUAUUCUUUUCUGUUACUUUGUGAUGAUAAAUGGUGCCUUAUUAUUUAUUUUUCCUUCUUUGUCAGUCAUAUUUUCUCUAACCUCUCUCUCUCUCUUUCUCACCCUAUCUCUCUUUUCUCUCUCACUCUAUCUCCCCACUCUCUCUCUCUCUCUCUCUCUCAAUCUCCCACCUCUAUGUCCAGCACCAAAAUAUCGAACAUCUCUCCCUCUCUCUCUCUCGCACUCUCACUCUUUCUCUCUCUUACACUCUCCCCCCUCUCUCUCUCCCUCCCUCCCUCAAUCUCUCUCUAUAUCCAGCACGUUUAAUAAAGUGAAUGCUAUCAGCUUCCUAGAAACGAGGCAUUUUCUACAGCAUUUUUACUGUAUUUUUACUGCAAAAUAUCGAACCUUUCUCUCUCCCUCUCUUUCUCCCGCUCUCUCCCUCUCUCACCCCCCUCUCUCUCUCUUUAUCAAUCUCUCUCUUCUAUGUCCAGCAGGUCUAAUAAACAUAAUAUCGAAGCCCUCUCUCUCUCAAUCUUUAUCUCUCUCUCUCACUCUCUCUCACUCUCUCCCCCUCUCUCUCUCUUUCUCCCUCUCUCUCUCAUUCUCUCUCCCCCCUCACUUUUCUAUGUCUGGCACGUCUAAUAAAGUGAAUGCUACCAGCUUCCUAGAAACUAGUCAUAUUUUCGACAGUACUUUUACUGUAUUUUUACAGUAUAAUAUCAAACCCCUCCCUCUCCCCUUCUCUCUCUUUCUCCCUCUCUCUCUCAUUCUCUCUCCCCCUCUCUUUUCUAUGUCUAGCACGUCUAAUAAAGUGAAUGCUACCAGCUUCCUGGAAAGGAGUCAUUUCUUUACAGCCAUUAAGACAGAAAGCGAAAUCCGGCGCAAAAUCUUAUAUUUAAACGUAAACAUCAAUAUUUACCAUGAAAAAAAAUCGCUGUCAUUGGUUUAA